GACUUCUCUUUUAUUCUUUGCCGUCGUCGUCUUUUCUCUCUCUCUCUAUCUCUCUCCCAUUAUCAUUCGCCUGAGUAAUCUUUACAGGGGCAGAUUCGAUCGUAAAUAUCAAUGGAUGUCUCCUUACCAGUCGAGAAAUUAUCUAUUGGAACAAAACCUGAGGACAAAACUUAUGUAGUGCUUGUGGCAACUGGGAGUUUCAAUCCUCCUACUUACAUGCAUUUACGCAUGUUUGAGCUGGCGAGAGAUGCAUUACACUCAAUGGGAUUUCAUGUUCUUGGAGGCUAUAUGUCCCCUGUAAAUGAUGCAUACAAGAAGAAGGGCCUCUUAUCUGCAGAGCAUCGUUUAGAGAUGUGUAAUCUAGCCUGCAAAAGCUCCGACUUUAUAAUGGUUGAUCCGUGGGAGGCAUCUCAAAACGGCUACCAACGAACUUUGGUGGUUUUAUCAAGGGUCAAGACUUUCCUUACAAACAAUCAACUUGUACCCGAGGAAUCUCUCAAAGUCAUGCUAUUAUGUGGCUCGGAUUUACUGGAAUCUUUCUGCACUCCCGGUGUCUGGAUCCCUGAACAGGUAAAGACAAUUUGUGAAGACUAUGGCAUUGUGUGCAUCCGUAGAGAAGGACAAGAUGUUGAAAAUAUGAUCUUUGGUGACAAAAUCUUAUACGAAACCCGUGAUAACAUCAGAAUCGUCAACAAUUUUGUUCCUAAUCAGAUCAGUUCGAGUAGAUUAAGGCAAUGCAUUUCGCGAGGAUUAUCGGUUAAGUACUUGACUGAAGAUGGAGUAAUAGAUUAUAUCAGACAACAUCAACUUUACACUGACUGAGCUCACAUGACAAAAGCUGAGAGGAUCAAUAUUACUACUACACAACCCAUUCAAAUAAUCUUGUGUUAUAAACAGAUGUAAUCAUACCUCGAUAUUUUUUAUAUGAUUACUUAUCAAAUUUUUGCAUCA